GAUUUGUUUUCCUAGGCUCAAGUUAGCCCUCAACACACCAUUCUUUGCUUGCUUCUAGUAGGCCUUCUCUCCAUUUAGCCUCUUAAUCCUCUAUUGUCUCUGGCUGUAACACCACUAUUAUGUCCUUGCUGCCUGACCCAAACUCCGUCAAAGUCUACACAGUCAACGGUGCAGCUUCAGGCUCUUCAUCUGCGUUACCAGACUGGCUUACACGAAAACGUGCCAUAAAGGGCAAAGGAAAGCGGGGAGCUAUCCGUGAACAAGUUGAAGGUUCCAUUGAACUCAUCCAGCACUUCGAGUUUCCGGAAGCAAGCAAUAAAGUCAAAACUACACGAGAUGGACAUCAUGCCGUCGCUACUGGCACCUACAAACCUCAGAUCAGAGUCUGGGACUUGGACCAACUAUCGUUAAAAUUUGAACGACAUUCAGAUGCUGAGAAUGUCGAUUUUGUUGUGAAUGCUUUCGGAUGAUUGGACAAAGUCCAUCCAUCUUCAAAAUGACCGCUCGAUAGAGCUACAUGCUCAGGGCGGGCUUCAUUAUCGUGCUCGAAUACCAAAGUUCGGUCGUGCACUAGCCUACCAUUUCCCUUCAUGCGACGCACUCUUCGCGGGUGCAGGAAAUGAGAUCUACCGGCUCAACCUCGAUCAAGGACGAUUUCUAAACCCUCUUGUACUUUCUGGAGACAACGAAGAUGUCGUCGGUGUCAAUUGCAUCGAUAUUAACCCUGCUCAUCAACUAUUUGCCUUCGGUGUAGAAGGGAACGGUACUGUUGAGCUAUGGGAUCCACGUUCGCGGACCAAAGUUGGCAUGCUUCGAUUACCUAGAGACCGACUACUCCCUGCGAAUGCACGAAGUUCGUUACUACCUGGAAUCGACGAUGGAGAUCGACCGCCGCCAAUAUCUGUGACUGCUAUUUCGUCUCGAGAUGAUGGGCUCUCGUAUGCGGUUGGCACGUCAACAGGCCACACGCUAUUGUACGAUAUUCGUUCGGCGCGGCCAUUUGCUACAAAAGACCAGGGUUAUGGUCUGCCAGUGAAGAACGUAUCUUGGAUAGAGGGCGGAAGUCGGAUGGCUGGUGAUGGGUUGGUUCUUAGUGCAGACAGGAAGGUUAUCAAGAUUUGGGAUAGGCUUUCGCCAUCCACAAACUUUACCUCAAUCACUCCCGCAUCGGAUAUCAAUGAUGUGCACCACGUACCUGCAAGCGGUCUGUUAUUGCUUGCGAAUGAGGGUAUCAAGAUGACGACGUAUUAUGUUCCACAACUCGGUCCCGCGCCUCGCUGGUGUAGUUUCCUCGAGAACCUUACAGAGGAAAUGGAGGACCAGACCACGAGGACGGCGUAUCAGGAUUACAAGUUCAUCGAAAGGAGUGAACUUUCCAGCCUCGGCUUGGACCAUCUCAUUGGUACUCCCGCGCUCAAGCCAUAUAUGCAUGGAUACUUCGUCUCAUUGCAACUCUACGAUACCGCUCGUGUCAUUGCCAAUCCCUAUGCGUACGCUGAACACCGCGAACGUGUCGUCAAAGAGAAGAUGGAGAAAAUGGCCGAGACGAGGAUCCGAAGCAAAAAGGGAGCGAACGUCAAGGUCAACAAACAACUAGCAGAGAAGAUCCGCAAAGAGGAUGAACGCGCGAAGAAGAAGGAGGCGAGAAAGAAGACGAAGGAAAAUCAACCAGAUGCAGCAGAAGAGACCAUGGAAGUUGAUGAGCCUGAGCCUGAGGCCAAGGAGAACGAAAAGCCAACUCUGCUCAACGAUCCGAGGUUCAAGGCGUUGUUCGAAAACCCCGAGUUCGAGGUUGACGAAACUAGUAGGGAGUUCGCUCUUCUUAAUCCAUCAUCAGUCGCACAGAGACAGGCUGCUGGUGUUGGUAAUAGAGGUCGGAGGAAGACGGCCGUGGAAGAAGAGGAAGAAGAGGGUGAUAAGUCCUCGAGUGAUGGACUGGGCCACAGCGAGAGCGAGAAGGAAGAGAAUGAUAGCAAGAGCGAAGAUAGUGACGUUGCCGGAGAACUGUGGCAGGACGACAUUCGUGCUCGCAUGGCUGCAAGGGACAGCGGCGCCAGAUCCAGACAACGUUCGCAGCCUGUUCAUCGCAAUCCGAACGUCCGUUUGGUGCCGCUCAAUGCUUCGACGGAUGGACGAGGCGCUCGCGGUGUGGACAGGGACGCUACAUUCGGACAGAGGCGUUCAACAUUUGGUUCUAAAGGCAAAGGCAAAGACAACUCUGCUAGAACAACGGGUGCAGGAGGAAUGGAGAUCAGUUUCAUCCCUCAGACAAGUGCUAUGGACGAUUCUGAUACCGAGAUGGGUGGCGCUCGCACUCUGGCUUCAAAGAAGAAAGGUCCCGAACGGAGGAAAGGUGUGGAAGUGUUCGGUGCAGGCAUGGAGAAAGGUGGUCAAGCUGACGCUGGACGGGAUUUGAGUGAGAAUGAGCGACGCGGACGCACACACAGACGUAUGGGAAUGAGGAGUGGGAGUAAGAACACAUUCCGACGAAUGUAGUCGCAUUGGUUUGGCUUUAGUCUAGUAUUUUAGGGUAUUGUAAUGUGAGUCCAUCCAUGCUUUACCCACUUCUCCUAAUUUAUUCUGAGUCAUGAAAUAGUGAGAUCAUCGACGCAUUUUUCUUCUACGUCAUGGUUCGUAGCUACACUCCUCUUAACGCAGUCUCUGGCCAGUUCUCUCCGACGGUCGUUCUCAUGCUUGUAGGUAUUGUCACUCUGGCCCUUCGACGUAAUUUUAAAGGUGUGAGCUCGGGGUUUGACCCUCUUGAAAUUAGUACAUUACUUUCAAGACUUUAGGUUGCUCGUCGACGUUCUGCAAGACCCAUUACUUUCUUUUGCCUCUGGCCAAAUUUCAAAACCAGAUGAUCCUUUUCUACUGAAGUUGUCGCUGCUUGGCUCGUGACUACUGGUUUUAUUUUUCUCUGUGGCUGCGAAGAUAUACUUAGGUCCUUCAUCCAAAAUUUUCUGCAAAGGCGGAGCAGUACUGCACCCGAUGAACUCCAGGGAUGAGAUCCUCAGUGAUUGCAAUCCGUGAAUGGAAAGUUGCCAUUGAACUUCGGUACAACAUGCGCUGUUCAACAUAACUAAUAUACGUCUUCG